ACCGGUAAAUAAAAACAUCAACAUUGUAUUCAGGGACUGGAGAUUGCUCAUAGGUGGACGUGUUUUUUGUUUCGUGAUGGAAAAGUUAAAAUUUUCUGUGGAACCUUGGAUUUUUGAGGAAUAUUCAAUCUGAAAAGGGAUUUUUGUGAUAGAUUUUUUGGAAUGGGCAACGAUCAACAGCAAAAUGGGAAGCGACGACCCGUCAGCGCUUCGCCGUACGCCGAGAACUACAAGGUUCCGAUGGACAUGUGCCAGCGGCACCUGAUCAACCAUCGGUUGAUGGUGUCCAAGCUGACACGUCGCGAGCUGGAGGACAAAUACAUUAACCUGUGCGACGAGAACUUCACCAUGAAAAAGCGCGCCCAGGAGCAGGACGAGCAGAUCAAAAAGCUGAAGGUCAAGCUGGUGCGGGUGUCCAGCGAGAGCGGCCGGUCCAAGUCGCGGACGGAUUUGACGGGACAGCAGAGCAAACUGCAAGAUCUGGAAGCACAAAGGCGUGAGCUCCGCGAAAAACUGGAAGCUCUGAGGAAGAACCAGAAGAAGGAAUCUCGCGAAAAGCGAGAAUCCUACACAAAGGUUCGUUCUCAGAGUGCGCGAAGGCUUAAGGAGAGCACCACGACCAGGACUUCACCGUCAACUUCCAACGAGGAUGACGAAGUUGGAUACGACGAAGAUCGGGACCAGGUGUCCUCAUCGGAGGAGGACCAGGAGCAGGAUGAGUCCAACUCGAGCAAGGGUGAGCCUUCCAAGCCGUCGAAACCGUGCUCCGGCUGUCAAUCGCUGCAGGCGGAAAAGUUGGCCAACGAGUCCGAGUUUGUAAAGAUGAAACUGAGCAUCAAAUUUAUGCACAAGGAAAUUCAAAACGAAAAGGAAAAGAAUGCACUGCUCGCAAGACAGCUGGAGGAGAAGCUAUCGUACGAAAUUAUGAAGCGCAAUGCCGCCGAAAACGUCGAGGUGAUUAAUUUGACGCGCCAGGUUGAGGACAUGAACAGGCAGAUUCAGCGCCGACAGGAGGAGGAAAAACGCGCCAUGGACGGUGAGCUGGCUAAGCAAGGUGAACUCGAAGGUCAAGUAAGAAAGGAAAAGGAUCGAAAUGUUCACCUGUUCGAGGAAUGUGAACGACUCAAGAAGAACAUCGAAAAGCUCAGAGAAAACAUGUCGGAAGUUGAGAUCGAGCGUGACUUCCUCAAGCGACAGCAGGAAAAUUUCACCAAGAUCGUCGACGAGAACAAGCUGCUGCGGUACCAGCUGGAAGAGUUGCGCAAGCAGAACGAGGAGCUGGCGCGGCAGAUCGAGGCCCUGAGGGAGGAGGAAGCCGUCACCAGGAGCGCCCAGAAGGAGCUGCUGGAGAAGUUGAAGACGCUGCAGCAGGACAAUGACACGCUGUCGGUGCUGCUGGAGGGGUUGCGCACGGAGAAUGAAACGCUGGCCGAGGAGAAGACGGUGCUGGAGCAUAACUUGCGGAGCUUGGAUGCCUCCCCUGCGAAAGAUGGCCGCGCAACGCCGAUGAUUAGAUGCCAGGUAGAAACUCAAACGGAACCUAUUGAAAUGUUGGACGAAUCGGGCUCUGAAUCGGGUGAUGAACUGAUCGUAUCUCCUCAGAAAAGUUCGGAUCUUCAGGAUGAAGUACACACUCCUGCAAAAGGAUUUUCAGCAGAGACCCUAGAAACCACGAGUCCGUCGCGAAGACCUACUGAGGAAACCAACACCUUGCAGCUGAUGGGCACGAAGCAUGUCCGGAUCAGUCAAAUCCGACGGUUACCGCGAGUUUCCAUGCUACAGCAAAAUAUCAUCCAUCAAGCCCCCAGGACGAGCAAUUUAGCGCUGCUUCUGUCCAACACUUACGCGCAGAAUUUAGCGAAGGAUUUUCGAAGCAGUCACUUUUGGAAUCCACCGGCGCGGGACUCCAUCAUGUCGUCAGUCCCAACGACCCCGGAAAAGAGACGCAUUUCGUUCCAGGCUGAUGAAUCAAUCCCGCUGGAUAACCCAUCAAGUGAAGCAAGAACUACAGAGUCAUCUUCGCCAAACACGACCGACGUGCACCAAAACUACGCGGAAUAUUUUGGACUCAAGCCAGACGUGCAGCCGCCGCGCAUGUCGAUGAUGCCCAAGCCGCCACCAUCGGCGGCCCUUCCGGAGCAGCGGCUGGCCGUCGUGAUUCGCAUGGUGCGCUGGCGGGACGCCACGCUAGCCGACCUGUUUGCCCAAAAGGUGCAGCAUUUCUACGUGGAGUUUAGCUUCCUCAACGAGAAGGGUCACCUGCUGGAGACGCAAAAUUCGGCCGACCUGCUGGCGGCCGGAAUCAACCGGAAGCCACCGCUGGAGUAUCGGUUCGACUACCGGAUCGAGUUCGUGCUGGACGGGCAACGGAGGCAGAUGCUGAGGGAUAUGCUGCGGCCAGGUGGACGCGACAUGGUUCGGUUUGUGGUGGUCCACGAGCAGGUUGAAAUACGGAGGUGUACGGAGAUUGGAUACGCAUCUAUUAGACUACGACAGGAAGUACUUCCACCCGAGGCAGACGAUCCAAGGAUGAUUGAUACUCCGAUUUAUGAUAUUUUGGCGCCGGAUAAGGAAAUUGGAGUGCUUGGUGUCACACUGGAGGGUAUUGCAAUGCUUAAAGAGAGUUAUGGUAGCUAAUGAAUUUCAU